UCACCUACUAAAUAACUGAAAAAUAUCCAUAGUCUUUUAAUUUUGAAGUUUUCUUGGCCAUAGUUUUUGGAUAUUUAGUGUCUCCUACCAAGAUGUAAUGAAGUGCUAAAAAAUAUCAUCAUGUUUCCAGGGGUAGAAGAACUCCAAUUUCCUCAACUUGAAAUACCUUUAACCAUCAAUUCAAUUUCUCCAAUAUUACCUUCAAGUCCCAUCCCUGCAUCCAAUGGUGACACACUUUACCUCUCAAAUCUUGAUGAUAUGAUUGGAGCACGAGUUUUUACUCCUACCACUUAUUUCUAUCGAUCCAAUGGGAAACCCGCGGGUGUGAUCACCAACGUGUUAAAAGAAGCUCUUGCAAGUGUAUUGGUGCCAUAUUAUCCUUUCUCGGGUAGGCUACGAGAAACAAAAGAUGGCAAGUUAGAAGUAUUUUUUGGUCCUAACCAAGGUGUGCUUCUUGUUGAGGCACAUUCCGAGAUGACCAUAAUCAAUCUUGGAGAUUUAACCGUCCCAAAUCCUGCGUGGACAAACUUGGUUUACACCUUUCCAAAUGAAGAAGAAUACAAAGUGAUCGACAUGCCAUUGCUAAUAGCACAAGUGACACGUUUCAGCUGUGGUGGAUUUAGUCUUGGUUUAAGAAUUUGUCAUUGUCUUUGUGAUGGGGUUGGAGCAAUGCAGUUCGUAAGUGCUUGGGCUGCCACUGCGAGAUUGAGCAAACUAACCGUCAAUCCAAAACCAUGUUGGGAUAGAGAAAUACUUAUGCCUCAUGAUCCACCAUUGAUUGUACACCCACACAUUGAAUUCAAGAGAAUAGAGGAUGGAUCAAGCCUAACGAAGAGUCUUUGGUUAGUCAAGCCUGUUCAAAAGUGUUAUCGUGUUAGUCGUGAGUACCAAGCUCAUUUGAAAAGCUUGGCUGGUAAUUUAUCGUGCACCACUUUUGAUGCAAUGGCAGCUCAUGUGUGGAGAUCAUGGGUCAAGGCACUAGAAGUUAAGCCUCUUGAUUACGAGCUCAGGCUAACAUUUUCGGUAAAUUGCAGAUCCAGACUUUCAAAUCCACCACUCAAACAAGGCUUCUAUGGAAAUGCAGUAUGUGUUGCAUGUGCAACUAGCACUGUUUCAGGUCUUGUCAACACGUAUCUUUCUGAUACCACUUGUUUGGUUCGAAAGGCAAGGCUUUCCGUUUGCGAGUCAUAUUUGAGAUCAACUAUUGAUUUUAUACAAGUUAAUAGGCCUACAAGGCUAGAAUUUGGUGGCAAACUCACUAUAACCCAGUGGACCAGAUUUUCAAUGUAUGAAUCUGCUGAUUUUGGUUGGGGAAAGCCAAUUUAUGCGGGCCCAAUUGAUCUCACACCAACACCACAAGUAUGUGUUUUCUUGCCACAAGGAGGAGACGAUGAUUCUGAUGGUACUAUGCUUGUUUGCAUUUGUUUGCCUGAGGAUGCUUCUCAUCGAUUCACUGACAUUUUCAGCCACUUCUAGGCGCGGACAUAAAUACUGAAGUUUGAUAAAACUGAACUGAAGAAUCGAACCCACCCCUGGCCCUCUUAUCAAUUCUUGUGUUAGAUUAUAUUUAUUUUCUCUUUUUACUAUUUAUUUGGGCCAACAACUUGGCUACAUAUCCAACUAUUGCUUUUUAUUCAAUCUUCAACAUGUACCUUUACUAAAAUGCAAUAAAGAACACCUCUUUUUAU